CAACUCAAAAAAUUCUGACAAAGUCGUUAGAAGUUUAAUUAAUAAAAAACAUUUCCGAUGUCUAUUAUCAAAAAGAGGGAUAUUUGGAGUGACAGGGAAGUGCAGCAAAUGUUGUCUAUCAUAAGAGAAAACCACAUUCUCAAACUUAUGGAUAGUAAAGCAAAACGAAACAAAAGCAUUUUUGAGGAUGUGGCCACAGAAAUGGCAGCAAAAGGCAUUCAAAAAAGGUCAACGCAAAUUCGAACCAAAUUUAAAGCAUUAAAAUUGGACUACUACAAAGUUAAACGAAAUAACAAUAAAAGUGGUGCUAAGCGUCAAACGAGUGAGCAUUUCACUUUGUUGGACGAAAUUCUCGGACAUCGUCCGGCAAGACAUCAACUGGCUUAGACACUUCGUUGGCAGAAUUUUUAUCUGAUGAAGACACGCAACCAGAAAUGCAAGGUGGUGAGAAUGUAGCACCAAAUGUCUUGGAAGACGGAGCCACCAAACCUUUCGGUCGGACUUUUAAGCGUACAAAAAAACUUAGCUACCAAAAGGCGGUUGAAAAUUUUUGGAAAACCUCACAAAACGACUUAUUGGAUUAUAUGAAGACCCAAGAUGAGACGUUUUUGUAUAAUCAAGAGGAGAUUCUCAAAAAGAACCGCGAAGAGACCCAAAAAAUCAUGGAAAAAGAUCGUGAAGAAACCAACAAAAUGUUGAGCGCCUUUUUAGAGGCAACGAAAACACCGCAGCCUAUUAUGUCAGUUUACUGUCACCCAUCGCAGAGCACAAACCCAUCACAACCCUCAACGUUUUUCUUCAGCCCCUUUAAACCUAAAAACAACAAUCGGGAUGUGGAAUAA